AUGCCAGUAACGAGACUGUGUUAUCCUUUUUACCAGCUUGGUAACCCGCAGCUGAGACUCUUCAGACCCAAUUGGUUCUUGACGCUGGUGAGACCCGGAAGAGAGCAACCGCCUGACACCGUCCAGUUCCGCGUUCCCAUGGUGAUGACAAAGUAUGACAUCAAAAACUACCUGGAGAAGAUCUAUAAUGUUCCAGUGGCAGAAGUGCGCACCAGGAUACAGUUUGGUUCCAACAAGAAGAGGAAUCACCUUAACCAGAGAGUCAAGAUCCCUGACUACAAAGUGGCCUAUGUUCAGCUGGCGGAAAAGCAGACGUUUUCCUUCCCCGAUAUCUUCCCGGGGGCCGGGAGCGCGUCGGCGCCGGCCGAGGGUCACUUGGAAGAGAUGCAGGAGAAGCUCAUGGAGGACGAGAAGCAGCGGCAGAAAGCCGACCCCAGGAGGGGCGGAGUCAGCGACUGGUUCGGACUCUGA